GUGAUUUUGAUAUCCUUCCGUCAAAACAAUCGCUACCAAUAUAGACGAGGUUCUGCCGUGUCUGAACUUGAUUGACAGCAUACGAAUAGCUCACCAUCAGACUACCGAAAUCCCGUAACCUCAGCAUUAAAGUUGUAGAAAUGGGCAACUGUGUAUUUUCCCGACCGGAAGUUGAGGGUGGAGAGAUUCAUUACCAACACGGUGCAAACAGAGAGAGACAUCAUAUUAUUGGAAAAGAUGUCCCACGGGAGGUACAUCAUUUAGAAGAAAUCAACUCUGAUACGAUUGAUGAGAUUUUGAACGACUCAAAAUACUUUCAACAUAACUAUAAAGGCUCUGACGAUCCUUUACGCAAACUUAAUGAGACCAAUAUCAAACUUCUACAAGAGAUUGCAUCGCUAAUACGUCAUCAAAGUCAGUCGUUCAAGAGAAACCUUCAACUGCGUAUCAAGUUAUAUGACGGAGAAGGCCUAACAUCACGUCGUGUAAAGUACCUCGAUUUAGUAUCUGGAACAGGUGAAAAUGUUAUGGAAUGUUAUCGAAAGGAGGAUGUGACUGUGAAGUAUGUGAACAGAGAGGGUAAACUCCCAGAAAUUUCAUCGUUUGGGUAUAUAGUUCCUGAGAUAUCGGUUUUGUACAUCAACCAGAUCUUGAAUGCAUCCGAAUUCCUUGAAAGCGAAGAUGAUCGAAGAAUGUUACAGGAGGUUUCAAGUCGUGUAGCAAAAGAACCCCUUUGGAAAAGGAAAAACUGUGAACUUACUGUUAUUCUUCACAACAUCAAUGGCCACCUUCACAAUCGUGUGAAACAUAUUGUGAUCGCAGCAGGUGAAAAAGAGCACAAAAUCCAGUGUUCAAAAUCCACAAAAGAAGAAAUACACUGGGAAUGUGAGGAGAGUUUGAAUCUAGAUGAUGCACAAAAGGAAACUUACGAAUGUGAAAUGAUAACAACUGAUGAGAUAAACAAGAUUUUGGAACAAUCAAAAUUCCUGAAAGAAAAUCGGUCUCACCGGCAAUUCGUAUCAAGCGAUGUUCGCAGAGCGAUACCGGCAGAAUGGGAAACGGUCCGAAAAAACUGUACGCUUACUAUCGAGCUGGCACCUGAUGAAGGUGCCGCCAAUAUUCCUAUGAAGCACAUCGUCAUCAAAGCCGGAAAUGGUGAGAACACAAUACGUAGCUCAAAAGACAAUCCAUGGCACAUCAGAAAUCAAACUUCUGGCGCCGCCUUCGUUCAUGGAGUUUCGACAGCGUACAACAAUACUACUAGUGGUAUCUUCAGCGUUGGUGCGCGAUUUGCCAACUAUAUUACAGGUACUGCAAUGCAGGCGUUAGGCUAUACAUAGAAUUUAACUUCAAAGUAAAAUUCUUGAAUUCAGAAAGAUUAUAUUUUACAUGAGAAAUUGAAGGAAGCCAUCGUUCUUCACUAUACAACCAAUUCUUUGUCGUAAGGUUAUCAUAACAGUACUGUUCAAGUGCAUCAAAAGGCCUGUAAUUCUUUUCAUUUCUUUCUACGUUUUAUUGACCGAAUCAGGUGACAUGUUUAAUAUUGUAUUAAACAGCGACUAGAGUCCUUUAAAUGUAGAGAACGUUUAACUUUAAACUUUCGUACAUAAGCCAAUAACGUGAGACAUACUUAAGGUUUUUUUCGUCAUAUAGACCUCUUAAAUGACAAAAUAUCAUUAAGUCCGUUUUUUAAAAUCUUUGCUGUAAAAGCAUCAUCAUAUAAUUUGAAAUAUUCUCUUUGAAUCAUAGCAUCCAUGAAUUCCCGAUGCAUAGACAAAAUCGUAGCAUUUUUCUUUUUUUUUCGUUUGUUUUCCUCGAUCAACGAAGUAAACAAGGGAUAUAGAAGCGGUUCAUCUGUCUAACUAACUCUGUUCGUCCAUUUUGGUAUAUAUGAUGCACGAUAUUUGCACUAAUGAUGCAGCUAUGGCCGCACUACUUUAUGCAUGUUGAUCGGACGCUGAAUUUGACCUGCAUUUACGGUUCAGUGGACUUGGUCAAGAUGCCACAGUCUAAUUCACACAUCGGGUUAAAGGUUAGGCAAAACUUUUUGUCCAUAAUUUUGUCGAUAAUGCUUGCAUCAAAAUAUCAGGUAGGAUCUUUCUGCAUAAUAAAGAUGCCAAACUUGACCUAUAUUUUAAGCUGAUGAAAAGGUCAAAUUCAUGACUCGUCUGCUGGUCUAUGAUAGCAUCCUCUUGUCAUAAAUUGUUUUACUUGAAUUGAAUUGAAACGCAUUUUUUAAACAUUUCUGUUUAGAAGGUUUAUCUCAUGCUGUUUAACGGGAAGGUAAAUGUUGACUAAGAUACAUAAAUAACAGAGAUGAAUUUCUGAAUGUAAAUAUCAUGAUUUGUUUUGUUCUUAAAUUCGAUUUUUGUUUGUUAUUUUUGUUUGUAACAACAGGAUUGUAAAUAUUGUCAAAUAACUGGAGAUGAUGUUCCAAUUACCUACACAAUGAACAGAGAGGAAUUGUUAUAAGUUAAUAUCUUGAUUUUUUUCUCUAUAUAUAUGUAUUUUUGUUCUCCAGUAUUUACUUUCCCAAAUGUUGACUAACAAAACGGGAGACGAUGAUCCCAAUUUUAUACACAAUGAACAGAGGAAAAUUUCUAUAAGUAAUUAUCUAGAUUUGUUUUAUUUUCAUUUUUCACAUUUGGUUUUUAUUUCGUCUAAUAUCUUUGUAAUGACAGAGAUGUAAAAAUAACAUAUAACUAGAGGUAAUGAUUCCAAAUCACUACAAUUUGAAAAGAGAGGAAUAUUAUUUCGUUUUUAAUUUUAUUUGGCUGUUUGUGCAAAUGUUGACUAACAACGGGUGGUGAUGCUCCCAAAUGAACGGAGAGAAAAUUCAAAUAAGUUUAUAUUUUGAUUUGUUUUGUUUUUGUUUUUCAUAAUUGAUUUUUUAUCUACUUGUUUGUUUUGUUACAAUGGGAAAUUAGGUUCUGAAUAUAUGCAAAACUAACAAAGAUGAGUUUCUUUUAGUAAACAUUUUCAUUUUUAUUUUUUUAUUUAUUUUUUGUGGGUUUCCAAAUUUUAUCCUUGUAUAUGUUGACGCCAUGAUAUUUGUUAUCUAUUUCACUCGUAGAACAGAACAAAUCUUUGUUCUCCGAUACAUGUGUAGUGUAAUAUAAAUAGAAGUUUAUGACCAUUUAUAAUAGAUUAUGCUUUGUUAAUAGUAAAAUAAUCUAUUUCCAGCAAGCGUGAAAACAAAAACACAUGAGUGUCGACCUGUUGUUUUGGUAAAAAAAAAUCAUUGAACGUGUAAUCUGAAACCUGUACCAUCUGUAAAUAUGUACAACUAGUUCCCCGUGUAAACAUUUUCGUGUGAAAUGUCUUUUCGGAACAGAACACAAUCUCGAUGCUUUAUUAUUAACAUAACUCUGUGUACAAUAUAUGUAUCAAUUCACAUUUAACAUUUAUGUAUACAUGCAUCUACUUUCAGUUUAGUGAAUUAUUGUUCUUUUCCCAAACGAAAUUAUUAAAGUCACGAAUUUAAAGUUCUGUUUUUCAUAAUAACCGGAAUGGGAUUGGAUGGGAUCUUGUGUAACAAUGUAUCCAGCGAUGGAACGUGACGUUCACAAUUUUCUGUUAUGUAAGAAUUGAAAGGCAUUUUUUAAACAUUGGUUAUGCAACCAUUACGUUAAACAGACUGCCUGAUUCGCGGAACUGUGUUAUAUCGUACAAGUUAAAAACAUUUUAGUCUUAAUGUCCAUGUUCAAAAUACAAAGAAAAUUGCAUUUCAACUUCCUGUAUGGUUUAUCUUGGUUCAUAACACAUCCUAAACAAACUGAUUUACCAAACGGAAGAAGCGCUAUUUUUAUCUAUGGUUGCACUUAUCAAUUGGAAGCCGUUUGGGAUUAUUGGUCUUCAUUAGAAAUUGACGUCAGACCAUGAUUGGUCCCCGACUACUUCAAAAGUUUAUAAGCCUGAACAGUUUCAAAUUUAAACACAUUCACUUGUAAUAUUUAUUUAUUUUUUAUUCUUCAUUAGGACAACAUUUCUAUUGAGAAGUUUGAUCUAAGGCUGUUUAACGGGAAGGUAAAAGUUGACAAAUAACGGGAUGUGAUUUUCUGAUUAUCUACACAAUGAACAGAGGGGAAUUGUUAUAAGUUAAUAUUUUGAUUUGAUUUUUUCUUAAAACUUUUCUUAAAACUGAAGUUGAUGAUCCCAAUGGUAUAAACAAUGAACAAAGGGAUUUCUAUAAGUAGACAUCUUUAUUUGUUUUUAUUUUAAUUUUUCACAUUUUUUUUAAUCAAAUAUUCUUGUAACGACGGACAUGUAAAAUAUGACAUAUAACUGGAGGUAAUGGUUCCAAAAAAAUAUACUUUAAAAAGAGAGGAAUAUUGAUUCGUUUAUUUUUUUUCAUUUUUUCAUAUUUUUUUUUGACAACGGAAAUACAAAUGUUGACUAACAACGGGAGGGUAUGAUACCAAUUUUAUAACAAUGAAAGGAGGGAAAUUCAAUAUCUUUAUCGAAUGUUUUCUUUUUCUUUUUCAUAUUUGAUUUUUAUCUGUUUGUAUAUUAUGUUACAAGUAAGUUCUGAAUAUAUGUUAAACUAACAAAGAUGAAUUCCAUUAGUAAACAUUUCCAUUUAUACUUUUUAUCUAUUUUUGUUGGUUUCCAAUAUCGCCUGAGAGUUUGACGCCAUGAUGUUUGUUUUCUAUUUCACAAGUUUCACUUAUAGAAGUCUGUACUUCGAUAUAUGUGUAGCUCUAGUGUAAUAUAAAUGGAAUGUUAUAUAUAAUUAUGCCCAUAUAUAAUAAAUCAUGCUUUGUCACUGACAGUAAAAUAAUCUGAGUACGAUGACAUUGGACGUUAUGGUUGAGAGCUUCCUGUAAAUAUGUUGUGAUUCAAAAGCACGAUCGUUUCAGCAGUACGAUAAAAUAUUUAAUUAUGUUGAAUGGUUCGCACCUAUCAGUCAAGCAGCAAGCUAUGUA